ACAAUGUCAAACCGAAGAGUUAUUAAACCAAUGCAGCUUCGGAUAUGGCGGCUUCACAUGUGGCAGGUGGUGGAUGUUACAGUCAUUGUGCACAUGAUACAAUUGAGGAGUGGUUGGAUGGAAAAGGGAAGAAAGAAUCCACAUUUGGAAGAAUAUGGUCACUCUGGCGUCACAUUAAUGGAGAGCAAUAAAAGGCCAGAGUAA